AAAGAAUCCCUGAUAACUCAAAACUCUUUGAGGCGACAUCUUGAUGUGAAAGGUUUGCUAUGGUUAGUGAAAAAUUCCUUUCUGGAAUGACAAAAAUAUGCUGUUCAAUACCAGUGUACCCUUGGAUAUAACUACUGUGCCAAGUGUCUUCAGUGGAUGAGGAGCAGCUGGAGACUGACUGUGUAAGUAAUGAGAGUGAAAGGUUUGCCCAAAAACUCAAGUGUAGAGGGACUCAAAGGGAAUUGGUGGUGACAAUGCUAUUGUAUUCGUAUGCUGACUUAGUGGAUAAUAUGAAAUUCCAGUCUUAGAAGGAAAGCCAAUAAUUCAUUGGCAAAAAUACUGUCUCACCUCUCUCCACACAGUGAAAGCCAACCAAAAUCUGUCUCCUGCAUCAGAACUGUUAUUUCCUUCUGUGUUGGAAUUAGAACAAUAGUCUCAUAUUGUCUUAAUUUCCUGACUUUGGCAAUGCCAGGAAGGCUGCAGAGGUGGUAGAAUCCCUACUAGUUAUGAAAUUACGUUUUCUUUCAUAGUAUGGGUUCAAGUUAGAAGACGGAACAUGGCCAGACCCUUUUUUUUUAAGAUUACAGAUGAAGUUUAUUGUGAGUCUUGAUUUAUAAGACAUGAAUAGGUAUAUCAUUCCACAGACACGAGUCAUGAAUGCUUUAAUGAAAUGUUAAGCCUGAAAUUUAAAACUUUUUUUCUCCUCUCUCUUUUUUGAGCUUUUGUUCAUACAUAUUAGAAUUUUCAAAAUCUGAAAACGUGUUUUCUGGCCUGCUUCGUACACUUGCCUACAUUCAAAGACCCCAUGUCACCUGUGUUGUUAAAAACCAGGAGACCUGCUUUUCUUCUUAAAAAAGCCAUUGUACGAUAUAAAAUACUGGCAGAAUCUCACUCAGUCUUUGCCAUACACUCUAAGCAAAGAUCACUGUACAUAUAAACAUUUAUAUAAAAUGACCAGACAUCUGGUCAGUAGGCAAGUUGGCACUUUCUUUCCAUUACUACAAUACUUUCCUCCCAACACAUAUUUGUCAAUACAGCUAUUUUUAUAACACAGAUCAGAACAGCUGUGCAAAAUCUGUUGCUCUCAUGUUGUUCUACUGAAAGUAAGAAGAACUUUAAUUAAACUUUAUUUUGCUAAAGUUUAAGUUUACAUAGCAUGCUGUGCAAGAAAUAAAUUUUUGUUGUGAGAUCAUGAGAGAGCAAUAAUAUUUAUAAAAGCAGAUUUAACUCCCAUAUUAUGGAAACCAUUUUAUUUGAGAAGCAGAAGCUCUUUUUCUAUAUUAAUCUUUGCUGUGGCAAGGAGGUAAAUUAGGUCUGUACAGGUUAAUAGGAUAGUUCUGUAGUUGUAUUAGUAAUACUGGAUUUUAAAGUGGAGGGAAGUUUUAAAAAACAAUGCAGAUGUUUACUGGGCUUGUGUUAGCUAUUCCAUGUAGAUUGUAGCUUUCAUUGGGGCCAGUUACAGCUAUUUACAGAUGUAAAUGUGUGUAUGGAGUCUGUGGUUUAUAAAGUGAAAUCGCGCUUCUUUUUCUUAGGGAUGAACAAAGCCACAGGAAAAUCAUUCAGAAGAGUUAACCAUAAGCAAAACCACAAACCACAGAGGGGGCUUUAACAUGCAGUCAAAGGACUUGGCAUUGUUGACAUUUUCUAUGAAUUCAAAACAUAUUCGGUUUUAUAUAGAGAAUGACUGAUGGAUGGAUAAAGAGGGUGGAAACCGAGAAUGAAAGACAAAAUAUUCUAAAUGCAAGGAAAUCUGAUUACCAGUGUACAAGCAAGCUGUAAUUCAGCAAACUGUACUGAGUGAUAGUAGCCAAAGGCAGCUGGAUGUUGAAUAAUGUGUGAUUAUCUGUCCAGUUUGCCAACUCCCUACUCAUAUUGCUGUUCCCAGAGCAUUCAGUGAGGAUAUCAGUGAAGUACAGGUUGCAAGAUUAAAUCUUAUUCUAGCAAAAAUCCAGGACUCAAAGAACACCAGACAGUUUCAGAUGGACUCCAAACUGUCUCACUGCUAUUCAUUUUCUAUCACUGCUGGAAUUUUGCUGUGGAAACAAAUAGCAAAGAAAACAAUAACAGGAUUAAGAACAAUGACAGACUAUUAAAUCACAUACCAGUGGUUUGCAGCCUAUGGCAUUUUUUUUCCACGGGUGUAAUGAUAGACUUUUUUUGGCAGUGGCUUUUCUUUUUUAGCUGAGGAAGGGAUGCCUUCUAGUUUCUCCCUACUUUGUUUUAGUUUGUAUGUAGUUUCUUUUAUUUAAUUCUCCCACCUGAAAUUGUGUAGUUUGGAGACAGGCCCUUUUUCUGCUCAGGAACAAGAAUUAGAACAUUUCAUUCUUCCUGGGUAUAGGGAGCCAUAGAGAGCAGUUAGCUGUCAGUGAGCAAACAAUAGUAAUGAGUUCUAUGAACUGUAAUUGUGAGAGGGCUAACGUGCACAGACUGCAGAGCAAUAGAGAUUUGGGGCCAAUGUAUAAACAACUGGUAAUUCUGUAAUCCUGAGCCUAGCCUAGAACCAUAGAAAAUCAGUGUCCAAGUUUAGGUAUUUACAUAGUGCAAGAGGCCUCUGCUAUUUUGAGAGAUCAAAUACAGUUUCCUGUUCUUCUUAUUAUUGUUCCCAGAGUCAACAAUGCGUCCUGGUGAUACCAUAAAAAGACACCAAACUAUUCUGCAAUCUGGAAAAGUGUUUUUUAGUUAUUCUACUGCUGCAGUUCUAAGCUCUGAUUAUGUAGAAUCACAAAGUUAGUAUUUUUUUCUCAGUGGAUGUCCAAUUUCUUUAGUCUUUAAAGUUACUUUGCACGUGCUGAUAAUAAUUUUAAUUUCCUGAUCUAAAAUGUCACACAUUGAUUUCAUAUAUUUUAGGCUAAUUUUUAUCCCUAUCUAAAUGUGAAGUAAGCAUUUAGAUAGCUAGCUAAUGAGGUUACAUUGCUACAUACCAAUGACAUUUCAGGUACAUGACUACUCAUGAAAUUCUCAUUUGAGCAUGCAAAAGGCACUAAGGGUUUCCAAAAUGCAGUUGCUACAGUCACUUGUCUCCAACAACUUGUUACCUUUAAUGUCCACAUCUCAUAUUUGUUGUGAGUUCAUUAAGGGGUAUCUUUCUGACUCAAACUGGCUGGCAUAGGAAGCUGUGACAUGUCAGCUAUGCCUUUUGUAGAAACAUGGAGUUGAUUGCCCGUAUGUACAAAACAUCUGGACUGAUCCCUUGUGUUACUGGAUACAACCCACUGUAGUUAUUACCUCCGGAUGUGGGGAGAAAGGCCAGCAGAAAUACCUGGCUCCAUUAGCCCAUUCUUUGUUCCACUACAGCAGGUCUGACUGGAAUGUCAAGACCUGGUCUACAGAGUGUUAGGCACUCAGAGCUGUACUUCCAGGUAAUACUUAAAGCAGUCUGGCUGGUUGCUAUUUGAUGUUAAAUAUUACAGAAUCCUUUCUGUCUUAUAUUAGGUACUCAAAAUCAAUAGAUACUUUGACUUUUAACUUUCUCUGCCUCAUUCCUUCUUCUGAAAGCAGUAAUAAUACUCUCUCAUCUCAAAGGAUUAUUGUGAAAAUGAACUAAGUAAUAUCAUAGAAACAUAAUAUCUGUGAAUAAGUUAGUGUCAGAAUGUAUGACAAAGCAAAAAAAACUUUUGUCCCCAGGCAGAAUUUGUCAAGUUGUGAGUAAAAAAAUGAGGCCACAUACAACAAUAAUAACAGUAAAGAAAAAGGAAAAUUGAAUACUGACUAAUACAGUAGUCAAGUGGAAAAUAUACAAUAGAGUCAUAUAAUUGAACAGCACAUACAGACAUAUGCAGGCUGAAUUAAAGCUGCACAGGAAAUCUGAAAUUUAGCAUUUUCUUCCUAAGUGUUUAAAAAAUUUACUGUACUACAGCCACAAUUGUUAGGUUUCUAUUCCUCUUUGUUUUUCAGCAUGAGACACAAUUUGCUGUAAGGAUGUGGGAUAUAUAGAAAGAUAGAAUCACAUUUGAAAAUUAAUUCAGAUAGUAAUGUAAAGUUUUCUAAAGUGAAGUUAAAUCUGAGCACACUAUGACUUCCAUCUACUCCUCUUCCAUGAGAAGUAUGAGUCAGUUGAUGUGCUAAGGUGAAGCCUCUUGGCAGUUCCAUGUCUGGAGACUGAAUCUAUAGGGUAUGUUCUGCCCACUGUCCCAUCAGAGAUACACUAGAACUUCCUCAUUUGCAGCAGAAAGGAUAUUAGGAAAGGUAGGCAGGAUCUGGUAGGUUCUAAGUUAAAAUGCCUCUGUUGGAAGUAUCAACAGAGAUAUACUACAGAUAUACUACAGAAUUUAUUGGAAAUUUUACAGUAUCUGUUUGUAUGCGGUAAUACACCUUAACCUUCUGAAAGCUAGCCAUUAAAACAGUGAACAUGUCAAAAACAUUACUUUUGCCUAUGGCUCAGUUCCAAGACAGUGCAUUAAUAUGCAUGUCAAUCUGCUGAGCAGGGUGAAAAUGAAGAAUUAGUGAUCAACGCUAAUGAGAAUAAUUUGCUCUAAAUACAAAUGUACUGUGCUUUUUGCUCACAAUAUUUACAACUUUACUCGAAAGAAUCUCCCAGUAUCUGGUUAAUUUAGUACUACUACUUACGAUUUUUCAUGUGUUCAGAGUAACAAUAAUAUUUAACCUAAAUUCCCUCACUAAGUAUUAACAGAGUUGCAUGUUAAUGAAUUAACAAAUUCACCUUAAUUUUAUUCUUAAACCCUCCACAUAGAAGCAAGUGAUCAAAUUUCAUGCUAGUUAUACAGAAAGCUAGUUUACUAUUUAGCCAGGACUACAAAAAUCAUAUAUGGUCCAGAUUUAUCCAUACUCCAUGCUGAAAUAAACCAGAAAUAAAAUACAACAAAUGUUUCUUCUCACGUAUUCUUCAGAUAUGUUAAAGCCAAGAAAGCUAUACUUUGGCUGCUAGCCUUUCCCUCAAGGAAAAAAAAGAAAAAUACACUAGUGAGAGUCAAAGGGACCAGUAACACAUGCUUUGGACUUGUUUCCAGAGCUGAAAUCUGUACAGUUACCACACAAAAUACCUGACUCUUAAUGAGCUUUUAGAAAACCCUAGUAUUUCGACCUGUUUUCCUGAUUUGAGAUUCAGUUUGGCUGAGAGGUCCGUCAGCGUCUUUAAAUUGUGAUUCAUUCCUUCAUGGGGCACCUUCUUGCAACUUAUUCUCAUUCUCAGGACCAUGUGGAGGAUGAUCAAAAGACAAACACAGUUUAUUCCUAAGCAAGAUCUCUUCAAGAUGCGCUCAGAAUAUUCACAUGCAUGUCUUAUUUUCCCCCUCCCUUGAAGCUGUAAUUGCAUGUAGGAUAGACGAAAGAAUUGCACUGAAGUGGCUGAAUUCACAUGCUGCCUUUAGGCUCUCAUCCUGAGAACACAUAGGAACAGUGGGAGAAAGGGGACAGUGUUGUUAUAAAGUUCCCACCCAUACAGUAAACUGCCUGAGUGGAAAUGCAUUUCAAAGAGUGCAUGCUCUCUGUUGCAUUUAUUCCUAUACCCUUGACACUAAUGCUGCUGAGCUUCUUGGGUGCACAAGAUGCUCCCUAGCAUGUCUGCAGCAUUGCUAGGUUUGUGUUGUUCAGAUGAUUAUUAUUAACUGGUUUUAUUACUCACAAGAGAGGUUUGUAAUCCAGCUGCCAAGGUGUUAGCAAGAAUGGAUGGCUGGACUUGUGGCACUGCCUUGGGAGGUAAGAAAUCCAGUUUAGUUCCUGGGUUCUCUGGAGGUUUUUGUCUUUGGCAUUUGGAAAACCACAGUCUUUCUAGUCCACUUGUGUGAAGAGGUAUCAGCAUCCUAGCCCUAUUUAUGUUUAUUGAGCUUUUCAGGAGAGACGGUAUCUUGCAAUGCAUGCAUGCAAAAAGUCUUACACAGAGACAAAAUAGCAUAUAAAGUCUUCAGAGGAAAAAGACCAAACAAGGAAAAUCAUGAGAAUUGCUAAGUAUGACAGUGUGUCACCAGUGACGAAAAAGAAGUGGAGUUUAAUGUGAACAUACCUUUAAGAUUCCUGACAAAACCAAAGAAUAGCUUGCUGCCUCAGGAAUCAGAGGCAGACUUACUGGAAGGGGUAAACCUCCCCACCUCUACUAUGGCCCCAAAAGUAUGUCACUUGCUUUACAGGAUGUGAUAGCACAGCAGUGGAUGGCUGUUGGGCCAUCAUUAUAACCACAUCUGAAAAUACAAGGAUACAGCAAGUGGAGGGUGAGUAUACAGAAAAUAAGAAAAUUUUUCAAAGGGAUGCAUGUUGAAUAGAAAUAUAGAAAUUUUCAGAAGAUUUACCUUUUGUUGCUGUUAGUAAAGGAAAUGUUACUGUAUUGCUGUCCUGUUUGCAUGGCUAUUGCUUUUGUUUUAUUCACCAGUAGAACGCUAGAUUGCAAAGAAGACACAAAAGCACGCCUAUUCUAGGCUUAUCACGCUAUAGUAGCAUUAAUGGAUUUUGUCUACAAAGAGCUUUUACAGGAUGAAAUUACUUGAGUUCAAUUUAAAAUUAACCAUAGCCUUACCUUUCAAACUUCUCUUGGGCAAAGUUCAUGUUGAAAUUGAAUUUUCCAUGCAUAUAGACUAAAAAGGAGUAAAGGGACAAAAGGAUUAAGUGUUUAUUUUUAUAGUACCUGUGCUGUAGAUAGAGUAAAAAAAUAAGCCUCAGAGAGUAGUUGGACAUUAAUAUGUAAAAAUGUUGCAGUGAUAAUAAGUGAGAUAGGUGACUGUAUGUGCUAAUGUGUUAAACUACGUAUGUGAAAAACAUACAAAAAAGAAUUGUGUGUUAUCCAGGAUUAUCGCUAGCAUAGUUGCUACAACCCCAUGAUUUUCUGUCUUAACUAUAUACUUGCAGUUUCUUGUAAAUAACAAUGGGGAGUAGUAACUAGUCUUUUACAUUUUGUAUAAAAUAAGGAGACUAUGAAAUAAACAUAGCAUUCUGUCUAUUCUUAUUUUGAAAUUACAUUUUACUAUAAAGUAAAUAGAAUUUGUCUCAUUCCUGAGUCUCUCCAAAACUUAAUGCAUAUUUACUGAUACAGACCUUUGCACAAAGUCUGUCAGGAGGGAGCCUUAUCCUGACAGAAAUCAUGUUUCCCCAUCCUGAGUCCCAAAGCAGAUUAAUAGACCCUGGAAAAUGAGUGGCAGUGAUAAGGAAUGCUGAGAAAUACCUGGAUUCACAACAACUUCUUGUGCCUGUGAACAGAACAGCUGUUUUAGGGUUCCUAAAAUCAGAUGUUUGCCACCUCCAUUGUCCCUUUGAAUUCCUCUAGUUAAAAAAUACUAAAUGAACUUUUUAAUGUAGUAAUUCACUGUGUUUUUAAAUACAGUGACUAAAUGUGAUUAUCUCAGACAAAAGCAGUUAAUGCAGACCUGCCCUUGGCCAUAGUAAGAGCAAGUUCACAUUUAAUAUAAUUGUCAGUUAACAUCUCUAUUAAUUUGGUACCUCUUCCCAGGAAAAAAAAGCAAGCCACUGACAGCACACUCUGCUCUUUCUGGACUGAAUCCUUCCCUGUCAGUGACCAUCUGCUGUUCCCCAGGGCAAAGAAGCAGCAGUUCAUUUGUUAAACUGCAAUAACCCUUAGUCCAUGCUUUUUAUAAACAAAUCAUUAGAUAUGUUUCACACUCUUAAAAAGACUCAGUUUCUUAGUUAAUAUAUUAGGGUAAUAUAUUAAUAAUAUAUAAAUAUUAAUACAUUAAUAAUUAAGAUAAUAGGCUUUGCCUUUAGUCAUUUUCUACACCUAAUUUUACAUAGCCCACAUAAGCAGAAUUAAAUUGUUUAAAUAGCAGGUUCAGUCAAUAAAGUCCUUAACUGUUGCUAAACAGUUUUUCCCAAAGGGUUCUGUCAUUUUACUCUAUUAUUUUUCCUUGCUUAGGAUGGGAAGAAACAUUUCUCAAAAGUUUUGUUCUACAGGGAGAAAUAAAGAAGAACAUAAACAAUUUAUAUAUUAUUAUAUAUUUUAGCAACUGAUGGAGGCAUCUUAAAACUGCUGCACAAGUACCACCAGCAUCCAGAAAGCUCUGUGAAAGGCAGCAGUGGGCAUUAGAGACUUCCUUGACCUUCCUCCAGGCACCCAAGGAAAACUGGGGCUUGCUAACAAGCCAUUCAAUUUUUACUCAUAGAAAUCAGCUGAAAUCCGUGGAAUCUCACCAAUACAAGUGGCAAUAGGCAAGUUUAACUUCCAGGCACAGCCAAAGUAAACAACAGUAUGUGACUUUGAUUCUUGUUUUGAAAGAUCUUGCUGGGCGUUAAGCUGGUGUGUAUGUAUGAAGUGUGGGCUGUCAGUGUGCGAGCUGGCAACAACCUGCCUGCUCACUUUUGGCUGUCCCUCCCCUGCCCCAUCCACACAGAGUCAAGUGACUGCGUCCUCCAGUGAUAGUGGGACCUGAAAGCCACUCAACGGGAGCAAGAAUAGGGAAGAAAAGACCUCUAGGUUUUAAGGUGGGAGUGGACUGUUGUGGGAGGAAAGGCUACUGGGAAGUGGAGGAGGCAGUGUCCUGUCAUCUGAAGACACGAGGGCUAGUGAGUGUGUGGAGAGACUCUGCAAAGCUCCAGAAUUUCCCUCAUCCUUCUCCUUCAUUUUUCUAUAAUCUCACUCCUUUCCACAGAUCUGACUUUCUCCAGUCACCCUUCCCACUGGAACUCCCUAAACCCACUCCCACUUCCUCUUUCCCUGCUUUCAAUCAGUUCUAAGGAACAAACCCCUCAAAUACACUUGUUGAGCAUGGCCACUUCUCCACCACAGCAGAACUGAAUACUGAUUUUUUCCCCCCAUGUAUUCCAGAUUAAUCUUGACCUUCUGAGACUUAAUAAAAUUCUGCCUCUGACCCCUUUCAGGUGUCCAUUCUGGUUUGAGACGCAAAAUUUUAAUUUUUUUCCUCCUAUGGAAUUCUCUAAGACAAAGGACUUAAACAGGCAGAAUUCCACUGUUAUAUCUCAGUUUAUCCCGAUACUUGUUGCCAUUUGCCUAUGUUUAAAGGAUUCAGAAGCCUCACUAUGUGCUGUUAUAAUCUCUUCUCACUCUUGAAUUGUGGUUUACAGUCAUUCUGAACAGUAUUACUGGAAGUAUCUUCUGGACCAGGAACAAGAUACAGUAGAGAGAGCUGUCAGAGCAAUGGCAUUUCAGGGUCAGCUGCCUAUCUCCCAACAGAUGAUGUUUUGUUUUCUCUCAUUAAAAAAUCUUCCAUGCAGAGAGUAACGGUGGCAGAUCUCGUCAUGCUAAUUUAGCCCAAGUUUGAAGAUAAAAUACGUAUUCCUAAAACACACAGGCUACAUGGUCAGCUUCAAAGUGCAAAGCACAUAUUUUGAUGGAUGCGCUAGCUAUGUGACAAGUAAUUACAUCACCACAUUUGCCUUUAGAGUUUAGUUUUGAUUGGAUAAACACAUCUAAGCUACUUCAGUUGUUUGCUUUACAUUUCCCUCUCAGCCACAGAUGGUGUAUGCACUUCUUGGGUAGCCAGAAUUCAAGAGCUGUCUUUUUCUUUCAAGUCUGCAUAGCUGUACAAAUGAAUGCAUAAGGCCUAUGAAAAUCCCAUUCAGUUACAAAGAAAACCUCUGAAACUGUUUAUAUGAAAGUCAGGUAGCCACUGUCUUGCUCCUAUUGAAAAAAGUGAUUUUGUUAGGAACAUGAAUUAGCUCUUCAAAUCAAGUACCGGGUUAAAGGCUUUUCUGCUUUUCCUGAGACAGAAGGUGCAGUCUUUCAAAGAGAUAAUGUUUUUGCUAUUGUUAUAAUGAUGAAAAUUAUGCUGAAGAUGCAAAUACUGGAUGCAAAUACUGUUCAUGUUUUUAAAUAGAUUUCUGCCUGUGAUUUCAGAAUAGACAACCAUUCUCAUUAUGAAGAUCAUUCAUUUUGCACAGGGUUCCUUUCUCAUUUUCACUCACACUAUCAGAACAGUUUCUUAAUAAUCUGUGAUAUAAAACAAAUAGUGAAAAAUUGACCUGUGGAUUUCCAAGGUAAGGUUGAAUUAAGAAAAAAAAUUAAGAAGAAUGUUUUUCAUACGUGCUUCUAUAAAAAUUUGGACUAAGGUCUUUUGAACUUACUGGUAAUUGAAGAAUGUGCUUAAGCAUCUUUUGAAUAAGCUCUUAUAAGGUGGUAAGCUUAACAGCCUGUUCUGUUCAACCUUAAUUACUCAUCACAACUUUAGAAACAUGCUUUGACAUAACCUAUUCCAUGUAAAUGGGCCCAGGACUGAAAUCACUGUUUGAAUUACAGCAUUUAUACACUAGCCAGCAGUCAACCAAACCACUUGACAGAGAAAGUAAUAUAACCGAUCCUGAAUACCUCUGCAAUUAUAUUCCGCAUGUUAACCUUCGAAGAGCAGUUCAUGUGAAGGUGGUUAUACAGGUAUUUAAGUGGAAGCUCCCAAACCUAGAAGGAAUGCUGCUUCAAAAACAUUUGGAUUACUUUCAGUUCUUGUUAUUCCUACAGUGCAGAUCCCAUUCAGAUUUGUGUAUGUGAGCUGUUUUUGGAAACCAGGGAGAGAGCUGAGUGAUUUAAAAACACAAGUUAUUUAUUCAAUAGCUUCAGUACAGAGAAAUUGGUGAAACUGAAAACGAAACAACACUUUGUUAUACAUAUUUGCUUUCCUUCUUCCAGAUAUAUCUUCUAGCGUAGCAUUAUUUUCUGAAGUAUCCAGGUGAAAAAUAUCUGCUGUCUUAGUGGGGGAACAUGAAGUUGGUUUACUAGGAUUCUUUCAGUGUAUCAUUGUUUCAAACUUUUACUACCUCAGAUAGGUAGAACUGUACCUACCAAAACAUCACAAAAAGCCUCGGGAACAGCUACAAUUGAAAGAAACUCUUUGGAGAGAUACAAUUUGUUUCUAAGACUCCCUAAUUAACUUGCUGUUUUCAAUUCACACUAUCUCCUUACUUACUACAUCUAUUUUCUCCCCUCAAGAAUUAGUACCUUGGCCCUGUUUUCUUGCUUUUCAAUUAAAUGGGAAUUCCUUAAAAUCAUCUGCAGUUGAUACCACAUUUCCCUAUUCCUUAUCUUUAAAAAGUGGCUGAACUACAAUUCUUUCGGUAAACGUGUCUGAUUGACAUAAGAUUCUUCAUAGGUAUUGUUCAAGGCUUUUUAUAAUUUCUUGAGGCACUGAUAGCUAUACCUCAGAUUUUGCUUAUAGUCUUUAUGCUCUGAUAUUGCUUUUUAGUCCUGUUUCAGCUCUAUGUUGGUAUGUGUGCCUUAUCAUUAGUUACAUACUUUACUCCAUCAGGAAUAUGCAGCAAGGUAUAUAAGCCCACUUUAGUCGGUAGAACUUUAAGAUAAGAGAAAGAGAAGAAAAUAAGAACUUCUAAGGAUAUGCUGGAUAGCAAAAUGCAGGUUUUAUUAUAACUUGUGUUCACAUGCCUGCAUAGCUUAAAUUGGCUAACAUGAAUAAAAGAAUUACUAUUGUGUGAACUGGUAGCUGGAGUUCAAAGUGUAAAGCAUGUGUUGCUACUUUUUCCUUCCUCUUCUUACUGUACUGCCUAGAUGAGGCUAAAACCUGACACAAAGGUUUUUCAAUACCAACAAGUUAUUUCUUCCUCAUCUUGAGCAUUUGUUUUAUUCUUUCUGCUAAAAGGCAUUUUGCUUUUCAUUCAAGACUCAGAAACAACGUAAGCUAAACCAUAGAAAAACUUGAACCACUAAGACCUUGUAUCUGGUGUUCAUUAUUUCCAGCAAGAGAUGAAAUGGUCAUCUCCACAUAUAGCUGCAAGGCUUUGCUGACCAUAUUCUUAAUAUAUACUAUAUUUAGACUUCAGGCAAAGUUUAGUUGUAUGGGUUUGUAGUCACACUGACUUCUUGGGAAGAGAUGACUGUUAACGAAGACACAACUAAAGUAUAUAAGAUGGGAUAACACGUUUAAUAUAAAUAUGAAAUACUUUAGAUAUUAUGUAAGGUCAUAUGCAAAUUGCAAUUUCUUUUGUUUCAGAAUUAUCUGUUCUUUCAUUUGCUUGGACACCUCAUAUUUCUUCUCACCAAUUCAUAUGUGCUCCUUUAGAAUGAAGAGGACUAAUGCUGGCAGCAGUCAGACCGAGGUUCCAGCUUCCUGUACAGCUUUACUUGAGGCACCACCUCCCUGUCCGUUGGCCAGGCAGACCUGUGGGAUGGCCACUGUUAAUCUCCAAACACAACAGAGGCAUUAUUGUUUUAGAGCACUUUGCUGCAAGGGACCGCCACCACCACGACCUGAAUAUGACUUAGUUUGCAUAGGCCUCUCUGGUUCUGGCAAGACAAGUCUUCUGUCUCAGCUUUGCAGUGAGAGCCUGGAGAAUAUCGUGUCUACCACAGGUUUUAGUAUAAAAGCGGUGCCAUUCCAGAAUGCCAUCUUGAACGUAAAAGAACUUGGAGGAGCUGACAACAUCAGGAAAUACUGGAGUCGUUAUUACCAAGGAUCCCAGGGGGUAAUAUUUGUAUUAGACAGUGCCUCCUCUGAAGAUGAUCUAGAAACUGCUAGAAAUGAACUGCAUUCUGCUCUCCAGCACCCACAGUUAUGUACUUUGCCAUUUUUAAUACUGGCCAAUCAUCAAGACAAGCCAGCAGCUCGCUCCGUACAAGAGAUAAAAAAAUAUUUUGAACUUGAGCCGCUUGCACGUGGAAAGCGUUGGAUUCUUAAACCCUGCUCCUUGGAUGAUAUGGAGGCAGUAAAAGACAGCUUCUCCCUUCUAAUAAACUUGCUAGAAGAGAGAGACUUCGAACCUUCAAGAAUGUGAAAUCCAAGAGAAAGGAGUGGUUCUCCAGACAUCACUGUACUUGCUCAUUCUGCACACAGUUUAAUUAUGGUGUGGUAUCAAGACUGAGCUGUGAUAUGUUGUUCAUACAGAGUUAGUGCAGAAUGUCCUUUUGUUAAAAUAAAUGUUCUGUGAGUCAGGUACACAACUAUUUCCAGUAGAGUUGUCUAUGCUACUGAAGUAGGAAGUUCCUCUUUGUUUACCACUAUUUCUGCACAGUGCAUGUUGCUUUCUUGCUUUGCGAUCAUCCUUGAUAGGGAAUUUUGCGCGCACAAAAAUAACCUAGUCUGUAAAGGAGGAAUUCUAUGUGUUACCUUGGAUUUUAAAAAAUAACUAAUAUCUAAAUGAUUUGUGGGUCUAAUUUGUAUUAGCUUGUUUACUGACCUCACAGUAUGGAAAAGCACAGCCACUGGGAACCUAGGAUACCUAAAAGGCAAGCAGUUUCAUGUUAAUGCAAAGGUUAUUCCUGAGGUUUUAGUAAGUGAAAACACAGUUGACAAAUUUGUUGAGUCCUCUUUUAAAAUCACUGCAUAACCUUGCCAAAGGCAGAACAGUUAUUUUGCUGGAAGUUUGAUGAAAAGUGAAUUAACAAACAGAUGUGCACAGAUAACAGUGUUUGGGGAAAGUAGGUGACAUAAACAGGUGAUCUAAGUAAAAUGAUUUUCUUAGAAAUAUACAAAAGUUGGAUAAAGGAAUAAACUAAUUGAAAGUAGUUUUCCAUUAAAAAGCAAGGUAAAUGUCUGUUAGUUCAUCUGUGGAGGCUUUAUUACUAGAUAGAAGUAUGAGUGAUUUGAAAUAAGGACUGCAUCCUUUAUCACUCAUUUGUAGACUACUACUGUUAUUGUAACAUUGCCAAGGCAUCUAUACCAGAAUUAAGGGUCUUCCAGUGUUUGUACUUCUCUUUUCAAGGGGAUUAUGUCUUGUUCUUUCAAGCUUACUCUGGGCUAAGUGUUACUUAGAAGACAAAAAAGUAUUCAUUGGAAAACAACAUUUGUAAUACAUUCAGAAAAAGCCCCUUUGGUUCAAGUAACACAGUCCACAUUUUCUAUUUCCACGUUUUCCCCAGAUUUGCAGUGUUUUGGCUGCCUUUUGUUGAUUUUUUUAAAACUUUAUAACCCAAUUUUGUUCAUUAAAGAAAUGUGCCAGGCCACUUGUCACUGAGUCAGUGACAACAGGGGACGUGCGGAUCAGUUACUGGACUGGUGCACACCUUGAAUGCUGUGCCUUGCACAUUCAGCUACCCUUGAGUGUCUGCAAAUACAAACUGUAGUGAUGUGUCAUUAGUUUCUCAUUGAUUCUGCUUGUGUUCUGAAACUUAUAGCGCCGUUUUUCAGGGCUUUAAGCAGCAUAUCUUUCCACUCUGAGCAUUUAUAUUUUGUUUAAUGUUUAUUGCAGUUUCUCAUUAGUUUAUUUGGGGAUAAGAAAAUAGCAAAGAUCAGCUUUUAAAGGCUGAUAAAAGCCAUUUCUCUAUUACUUGCAAUUAUACUCUUUGUUAAACAAAAUGUUUUUAAUAGGUGUUUUUGUUUACUUUUCAAUUUCCUUGGAUUUCCUGCAUUGCUCCCACUGUUUUAACUUGGUUUCUGUUAUCAGAAAGAAGCUGGGAAAACUGAUAAACUCCUUGUUUCAUUUUGAGAUAGAAUAGGCAGAAAGCCUGAAGGGCAUCUCCUUGCUUUGUUUUUUUAUUCUCUUUCCUACCAGGUCAAUCGUCUCACUCCUAAUACUCUUGGAAAUAACUAAGAACUGGAAUUGUUCAUUUUGAAGCGCAGAGUAGCCCUGCUUUGGUUCAAUUCUCUCUGCACACUUUAGUCGGGACCCAUCUGCCCAUCAGUUUCUCUUGUAUGGGUUAAGGAGGUUCCUUUCCCUGGAUUUAAGAAGGAAUUGAAUCUAAUUUACAAUUUCAAACUCUCUCUUAGCUUACGUGAGAUUAGAGGCUACAGAGUCCUCAGAUUUCCACAAGGUCCCCAAAUUUCUGUCCUGUUUAGAGACAAUGACAAGUAAGUGGUAAGGAGGACGUGGGAAAAUUACUUGCCAGAGAAGGCAGGCAAAAUGGGGGAUUCAGAGCUUUUACUGCUUUUUCAUUGGCCAUUAGUUAGAAGAUGUGAAAUAACAUUUUUUUACUGUUUUUCCCCUUCUUUCCCUUAGUUAUGGACAUACAGGAAAUGAAAAUAAGCCCAACCAUAUUGCAUUCUUGAAACUUUACUUAUUUCUGCCAUCAGUAGAAAAACCAUCGGUCUGGUCCAAAAACUUUAAUGUUUCCAAGUUACAUUUUGGUCAUGAUCUCCCAGAUAUGCACUGUUAGAAGGUGCUACAUGACUAACAUGAAAAAGGCCCAAUACAUUGAUGAGAAUAUGGUUUUGGCAUAUGCCGGUGGCCACUUAGACUAGGACCUUAAGGCAAAUGUCAACUGCACAGAAGCAGUGAUUUUGAUUUACCGAAUUAUUUUGAGUAUGCUUUUUCUUAUUAAUACAGCGAUCAUUCCUCACCACAGAUUGAAACAAUACCUCAUAACUGCUGAAGGCUAAAACCAACACUUAACUUUACUUUGAAUGUAGUACUUCUGUGGUUUUGUGUUGUAGAUAGACUUAAUGGAUGUGUACCUUUUUAAUGUCUAUACGCAACUUCACCUUUUUGUGAGGGGAUAAAAGCAUUCAGUAGCAGCUCAUGUCAUAAUUCCUUGUCUAUAGUGUUGUUGAAUGCUCUGGCUUGGUAGAAUAUGUAAGCACUAUGCAGUUUGCAUUCUGCUAACCAAUCUCAAUUGCUUCAGUUUUUGUUGGUUUGUUUUGGUUUGUUUUUUUUUUAAUCUUUUCAAAUGUGUUUAUCAUUUAGGUGGAAUAAACUUGGGCACUAGGCUCUACUUUACUUGCAAGUUCAUUAAGGAGUGAACAUUUUCUUUUUAAAAAAGAUGUGCUUUAAUGUUCUUUAGCCAUCUGUUAAAUUACUUCGUGUGUGUAUGUGUGUGUGCCCACACUGGGCUUCUCAGACCUGUGGCUGUCUGCAGCGUCUCAGCCGUCAGAGUGAAAACAUUAUCAAUCAAUAUCCAACAACAGCUGGUUUUGACAACCUUCUGUCUGCUGCCUAAUGCUUUACAGCUCAUCAGUAAGACUUCUUUGUCUGCCCACUCUGAGCUGGUAAUCUUACUGCUUCCAUGUCGUGUCCUGUAGUUGUACUUCUAGCAUUUGUAUGGAUAAAAAGUUAAAUCUUAGUGGGUUUUGAUAUUCUUUCUUGCUGUAUAAUGCUCCAUGUGUAUCUUAGCUUGCCUAUUCAAAUACGCUAUACAAAAAUCUGUGAUGUAUUAUUUCAUUUAACUUCUUGCAUUUCAUUAUAUUUAUAGAAGUUGCAGAUUUUUGUACCGUAUUACUUAAUACAGUUGCCUUUUUGUAAUGGCAAUUAAUUUAUAUUACAAAAGUUUGUAUCUUUUCUGUAGUCAAAAAAUAUUAGUUAACUGCCAUAUUAUCUUAACUUUAUACUAAAAAUACAGUGUCUAUACAUGAAGUUGACCCAAUUAAAUGGUCAACUGCUGACGUGGGGAACCUGUACUGUUUAUGAUUUAUACAUAAUUUCCACUAUCAAAAAAAAAAAAAAAGAAAGAAAGAAAAAAAAAAGAAAAUAAAUGCUGUGUAGAAUUGAGUUGAUAAGUUUUGAUUUCUUGAGAAAGUAGCCAACUUGGGAGUAUGGCAUAUUACCUUGAUUUGGAAUGUUCAAGAUUAAUUAUUUACCCAUAAGUGUAAAAAAAUAUUCCUGUAUAAAUCAUUGCUACGUCAUACAUUUACACACACAUACAUACAAAAUAGAAACUUUCAAAAAUUGACUGAUUUUUUUGACAGCAAGAUGUCAUUACUCUGGAAAUAUAUGUAAAUGGUAUUGCAGGUUUAUUGCUGAAACAGCGAUUGGAAUAAUCUUUAUACAAUUCUUCCAUAAUAUUAAAAUGAAAGACAUGUUUA